AUGCAUAUUCAAUCAAUUCCAAUGUGGACCGGGAAAGGCAAUAAUUAUGCCUACCUGGUAACAGAUGAGCCGUCGAAGAAGUCGGUCGUUAUUGAUCCUGCGAAUCCCCCGGAGGUUGCACCGGAGUUGAAGUCGCAGAUCAGCGCUGGGAAGAUUGAUUUGAUGGCCAUUGUGAAUACGCAUCACCACUGGGAUCAUGCUGGAGGCAAUGACGAGAUGUUGGGACAAUUUGGUAAACUCCCUGUCAUUGGAGGAAGCAACUGCAAGUCGGUCACGAAAACGCCGGCACAUGGCGAGGAAUUCAAGAUCGGUGACCGAAUCACUGUUCGCGCUCUGCACACCCCAUGUCACACGCAAGACAGCAUCUGCUACUUCAUGCAAGAUGGUGACCAGCGCGUCGUUUUUACCGGAGAUACUCUCUUCAUUGGCGGAUGCGGCCGAUUCUUCGAGGGGAAUGCCGCCGAGAUGCACAAGGCUUUGAACCAGACACUGGCUGCUUUGCCCGAUGAUACCAAGGUUUACCCCGGCCACGAGUACACCAAGGCAAAUGUGAAGUUCUGUCUUCAUGUGUCCCAGACAGAGCCCAUCAAGAAGCUCCAGGCAUUUGCCGAGGCAAAUCAGCAAACGCAGGGCAAGUUUACCAUCGGCGAUGAAAAGCUUCAUAAUGUGUUCAUGCGUGUUAAUGACCCUGAGAUUCAGAAGGCCACCGGCAAGACCCAUCCAGUGGAUGUCAUGGCUGCGCUGCGAGAGAUGAAGAAUGCCAUGUAA